AUGCUAACAGCAGCUAAUGAUUCCGUGUCCGGUGAAAACUGUUGUCCUAAUUCUGAUUCUUCCGAGGGCAAACAGGAACCUGCGACCGUUAGUGGAACAAAAAAGAAACCUACAAUGUUGAAAUCAGUAGAAUUAAGCAAUUUCGUGAUUGACAAUGACAUUCGUGCAGCUGCUGGUUUCAAAAAGAUCAGCUUCAAACAGUCGCGAUUAUUAUCGCCACCAACAGCUUCAGUCAAAAAAGAAAAUCUAGCCCGCAAAGGAAUUAGGAGGCAGAAGAGUCCAACUCCGAUGAAGAAGAAGAUCCUGGAAGCACAGAAGUAUAACGAACCGACAUGUUCAAGUAUCAACGACACUUCUUUCAGUCCAACGCUGCUCGAUGAAAAAGUAAUCGAACUUCUCAAGAGGCUGAAAAAGCAGGCAAACGCUGUUCAAAAAGCAAAUCCGACCAAGGCUCGAGCUAAGCGUACUUUUAUCUGUGGACUGCAUGAAUCCCUGAAACAUGUCAAAGCCGAUAACGUGAAGUGCAUCAUUCUAGCACGUAAUAUUGAUGCUGAGAUGACUACAGUUUCUCUUUUCCAUACUCUUCGUGAGGAGUGUCUAACUCGUGGAACGCCUAUUAUUCGUGCAUCGACAAAGCGGUCAUUAAGUCGUGCUCUCGAGAAAUUUCCUUACACGAACGUCGUGGCGUUGCUUCAUUUCCAAGGGUUUAUUGAGCUUUAUUGCGACAUCGUUGAUCUGUGGAUGAGCGAUCAUUCCCAUAUAGACUAUCACAAGGAUCAAACGUCGCUGUUUGCGUGA